AUGACCGCAGAUAAUCGAGCCUCGUUCGAACGCCAAAUAAUCGAGCCUCGUUCGAACGCCAAGUUCCUUCGUCCCCCGGUGCCCAUCACGCAAACGGAAUCCAACUGGCCCCUUUUGAGCGUGUCCAAGGGUUUCUUCGAGCGAGCCGCAGCAGCGGCCCCGGAAGGCGUCGGCAAGCGUCCGGAAGUUGUCGGGUUGCACUUGUCUGCUGGUCACGAAGACGAGGACAUGGGCGAGGUCGGUGGAGCCUGGGACGAAGAAGACAAUGCUUUGUUGGAUGACGACGAGGAUGCGAUUGGAUUGGAAGGGAAAGUGAGGAGGAAGAAGGGCGGAGAUGGUGAUGAUGACGAUGAAGGCGGCGAUGGAGAAGGCGGAUGGGACGAGGAGGACUUGGAAUUGCCGCCGGAAUUGGAACAGGCCAUUGCCCAGGACGCUAGUGCUGGAGGCGAAGGAGACGCGGGUUUCUACGUGGCGCCGACUCGCGGGAACCCGAUUAGCCACGCGUGGACGGCGGCGUCUUCCCUGGCGGCCGACCACGCCGCCGCUGGCAGCUUUGAAAGCGCCGCUCGACUCUUGCACGAUCAACUCGGCGUCGUCAACAUUGAGCCCUUCAAGCACCACUUUAUGGUUAUGUUUGCGCGCAGUCAUGCCAGCUUCACUGCUUUGCCGGGACUCAUGCCGCUCGACUCGUACCCGUUGCGCGGCCCCGCAACACCCGGUGGUGGUGCCGUGCGUGGGCCUCCUCCUGUGUCCCUCCCUGCUGUUGCAGUCAAGUUGAAUGAUCUGGUGAAGAGGCUCCAAGCGUGUUACCAAUUGACGACUGCUGGAAAGUUCGGGGAAGCUCUGACCAAAUUCAGGGCACUGAUGUUGGCCAUUCCAUUGCUGGUGGUGGAUUCCAGGCAAGAGCUUGCCGAAGCCCAGCAAAUGCUUGAUCACCCCAAGACCAGCAUUGAAGACCAGCGCCGAGUUUGCGAAAUGGCGGCCUACUUCACGCACGUUCAGCUCCAGCCCGCCCAUUUGAUCCUCACUCUUCGCACAGCCUUGUCGGUGUCAUUCAAACUGAAGUGUUUCCGUACCGCCGGCGGUUUCGCCAGACGUCUUUUGGAACUGGGUCCGAAGCCCGAGAUUGCCCAGCAAGCCCGCAAAUUCCUGGCUGCUUGCGAGAAGACCCCCGUGGACGAAGAACGCUUGGAAUACGACGAACACAAUCCGUUUUCUGUGUGCGGCUAUGACCACGUGCCGAUUUAUCGCGGGAAGCCCGAGGAAAAGUGUCCAUUUUGCGGCGCUGUGUAUUUGCCGAAACAUGGCGGGAAGCUCUGUGCUGUGUGCGGUGUGAGCGAGAUCGGGAAAGACGCGAGUGGGCUGAGGAUUGCCACUUCGCAAAUGGCCGGCGGGCAACAGAGGGGAAACUGAGUUUGUGACUUUUUAGCUGUGGUGUUAUGUUGUUUUUCGGAGUUGUUUCUUGUGAGCUCGCUGCUUUGGAUUCUAAAAGUCUUAGCUGUGUACGUUCUAGAAUGUUUCGCGUUUUUUCUGAGGUGGACAGGUUUUUCUACGGGAGCUCCCGCGGAGAUGAUCAUGAAAUGGAGUUUACUGUGGAACCCCGGGUAACAUCGGAUUUAUCCGCGCGACGGUCUGUUGUCGAUUUUUAACUUGACCAACAAGUACAGGAACUCUCAUUCCAAGCUGGUUGUUUGAAUAAUCUUUAGAAGGAUUAAGGCUUAACAAUCGUGCAUUUUGACGUUUUUUUUUCUCGUUUCUAGUGAUAUUGGAUUGAAAUUUUGAGUCAUUGGUCUUUCCAGAUAAGCGGGAACAGAUAAAGGGGUACUGUACAGUACUUGAAAUAACAGCCGAAGUUUCAGGCGGAUUUGUCUACGCGAAAAUCUUGAGCCUUGCUCCAUUUUCUUAAAUGGGCGAGUUCAACUUACUAGAAAGUCGACCGACGUUCUGGAAUUCUAGAUCGUGGUCGUCGAUGGUACAGAUUAUUACUGGGGUUCCACUGUGAUUUCGUCGAACAGUUCUGAUUAUUAGAAACGACGGCGAUGCUCAGCGUUCAAUUCAGCUUUCUGCUGUUCACUGCUAACUCUCAAUUGCGAUGAGCGUAUGAUUCCACAUUUGGCGUGGCGUUUUUUUUUUGAGUUCAUGGGGAAAGAACAUUUCAACUGCAAGUCUAUGUAUCGUUUUUUGCUGUUCUACGAGGAAAGGAUGCUCGAUUUUGGGGAGUUGGGAAUGAGACUGUUGGAAAAAAAGGAAUGCACUCUAUAUUUAUCGGAUAUGAAA